AUGUGGUUAUUAGAGACUGACGGCAAUGUAUUCGAAGGGCGACGGCUUUGGCUCCGGCCAGGCAAACGAUAUCUCUUCGGCCGAACGGACUCGGAACCCGGACAACUGGCUAUCUCCCACAAGACCAUUUCGCGCAAACAUCUGACCAUCGAGGUUGACAAUGUGUCCGACGGCGACAGCCAACACCUUACCCGCCGAUCGACCGUCACAAUCGAAGACUUGGGCACCAAGACCGGAACGACCGUAGACAGGCACAAAUACAAGGGCGAGAAGCAUGUGGUGGCCGCAGCCUCGGCAGAGAUUAAGAUGGGCGGCUGCCCUGACCUGUUUCGCUUGACCUGGCAGCCUGUGGCGCUCACAUUCAGCUUCUCGAGCCGAGAAAUGCAGUCCGACCCCUUUUCACGACUGCGUGUCGACCUUGAGCAGCUUGAUGUCAAGUUACUGGCAGACUAUAACAUCCAGCACACGACACACGUUGUCACUAAGAAGCGCAACACCUCGAAGGGAUUGCAGGCCCUCAUCAACGGAAGGUACAUCGUGGCCGAUUCUUUCGUUGAUGCCAUUGUCGCAGCGGCGACCCUAUCGGAAGAUGACGAUAUCACUGCCUCUUCUGCUUUAGAAACAGACUUUAAUGGCAAUUGGCCAGAUCCGUUGAAGCACCUGCCUCCUCGCGGUGGCGAGCCUGUCGAAAGGCCCCCAUCCGCGUAUGCGCCGGAUGAUGCCCGCUUGGAAAUCUUUGAGGGGUACACCUUCAUUUUCUACGAUAAGGGACAAUUUGACAAUCUUCUGGCACCAAUAACCAACGGCAAGGGCAAGGCUCUGUUUACUAAGGUCGAUCCAAAGUCAACUACUGUGGACGAUUUUGUUCUCUACGUCAAAACGGAAGCUGGCGAGAAAGGCCUUGGAUCCUUUGACGACGGUAGCGAAGGGCGAGGCGUCGUAGUCGUCCGCUUCGUACCGAACAAGGGCGACGCUGUGGACUGGUAUGCCGACUUCUUCACUCAAGUCUCCCUUCGACUUGACCACAGACCCAUCGAACAGAACGAGUUCCUCGAGGCCAUCCUCAUCAAAGAUGCCAGCAUAUUGCGCCGGCCUUUGGAGAUGGACCCCACUCAGGGUCCGGCAAGCAAAGCACCACAACAGCAGGUGGCAAGGGGUGACUCCAGCUCGAUGGAUAUAGAUCAGCCAACGACCUCACAGAACACGCCUCAAGAGUCUGCACCCCCGUCUAAGCCUGCUGCUGCCAGAAGUCGGGUGCGGAGGGCACCGACAAGACGCUUCGCUGGAUUUGACGCCGAUGAUGAUGACGAUGAUGCAUUCACUCCUCCAGUGACUGAAAGCAAAUCCGCCGAGGCUGAAUCUGAAGAAGAGGGUCUGUUCGUUUCUCAAGAUGUGAAUGCGUCAAACGAGGCAGCCGGACCAUCGCCAGAUACAAAUAGACGAUCCCAGAGGAAACGCCCUGCAACACAGGACGAUGACAUUGAGGACAUCAUCCCAACAGCGGCCGCAGUCAAACGACGGAGGAUCGCAGCCGGAGAAGAGCCCGUUCCACGUGCCGAGCCACCUGAACACGCGAAACCCGAGUCAAGGCCCGCUCCCAGAGUAAAGAAGGUGAAGAAAGAGAUCGACGUCCUCGACGUUGCCCGCCAGCAGAGGGAAGCAAUGGAGGCUUGUCUCAAGGCAGAAAAAGAAGAUUUGGCCAAUUUACCCGACGACGUUGAUCUAGAGCAAAUCCGUCGCUUGCACAUUGUCGAGGAGAUGCCACUACGUCAACCACCAGCCAACAGAGGUCACGAUAAAGAUGACGAGAAUGGUAGAUGGGAUCCACGGUGGAAUGGGAGGAAGAACUUCAAGCGCUUCAAGCCGCGGGGCGAACUCACUGGCCGACCUCCCCAGAGGGUCAUCGUGUCCUUGACGCAAGUCAAGACCAAGGAGUUUGGCAUUGGAGACGAUUACUGGCUAGAGGACGACAGCCAGCGUAAGAAGAAGGGUAACGACAACCAGAAGAGCGGUACAGCUCAGGACGAGCCCGCUCCUCCGCCACCGCCGCCGCCGCCGCCUGCGUCUCGGCCUGCAUCGCGACAACAUCGUAUCGUUCUAAGCGACGACAGUGAAGAGGACGACAUACCCGAUACCCAGGCCGAGCCCGUAGCUGAACCUGAGCCAGAACCAGAACCAGAACCGACGCCAGCAUCACGGUCGAGAAGUACCCGCGCCACGACGGCGACACAGUCACAGAACACCACACAGAGCCAAUCAUCAAGACAGACUCGCGGGAAGAGGUCCGCGCCAGAACCAGCCAAGGAGCCGCCGGCGAAGAAGCCGAGAGCCUCGCGGAAAGUUAUCGAGGUCGCGGACAGUGACGACAGCGAAGAUGAGCUCAAGUUCAAGUUUGGUCGACGGCGAUGA